AUGGCAAAGGAAACACCAAGCGUUGAUGUUCUGAUUGUCGGUGCUGGUCCUUCAGGGCUCAUGGCCGGGACAUGGAUGGCAAAAGCAGGAAUCAAGGCGGUGAUCAUUGAUAAAUCGCCAUGCCAAACUCAACGUGGACAUGCAGACGGUAUCGAAAGCCGAACAUUCGAGAUACUCGACAGUUUUGGACUGGGGGAUAGGAUAUGGAGAAGUGCUAACCGCACGGUCGACCUGUCUAUAUGGGAAAAGAAUGACUACGAAUCCAUUGGAAUUCAGCGGACAGAUCUUAUGUAUAACUGUACCCCAGGCCUCUCCAAAUUUCAAGAAGCAACAUUGGGCCAAGGCCAGAUCGAAGAGAGCUUCAUAGAUUUUAUUGAAGGCUCGAACUCUGUUGAAAUCAAGUGGAAAACACAUCCGGUCGAUUUGACCAUCAACGAAGGAACGGAUCACCCUAUCCAACUGGUGGUUGAAACUAGAACAUCUGAAAGUGAGGCCCAGCACAAUUCCUGUACAAUCAAUGCGAAAUAUAUGAUUGGAUGCGAUGGAGCACACAGCUGGGUUCGAAAUUCACUUGGACUCAAGCUUGUAGGUGAUCAAAUUGGCGAAAAAUGGGGAGUUAUUGACUUGAUUCCACUCACGGACUUUCCUGAUAUCCGCAAGCGAUGCAUUGUCAAGUCCGAUGCUGGCCAGUUGAUGAUCAUCCCACGGGAACGGAAGCUAGUGCGAUGCUAUAUUGAAUUGUCACAUGAAGUGGCCGCGGUUCUCAAAGAAAAAAUGGAUCCUGCGUUGCUCGUCGCCAUUGUCAAGAAGAUUCUGAGGCCUCAUAGCUUCAAGACCUCAAACAUUGAGUGGUCCACCGUCUAUUCGGUUGGACAGAGAGCAUGCACAAAGUUGUCAAUGUACAAUCGAAUCUUCUUAGCUGGUGAUGCCAUACAUACGCACUCACCAAAAGCGGGCCAAGGCAUGAACGUGAGCAUUCAGGACACGUAUAAUCUCGGCUGGAAACUAGCGUCCGUCAUCAAAGGAAGGGCAAAUCCUAAUAUUCUGCGCACGUAUCAAUCCGAGCGCCUUCAGACAGCAAUGCGCCUGAUCGAGUUCGACAAGAGGAUGGUCCAAGGGGUCUUCCCAAAAAUGUCAGCCCCCGAUUUAACGAGCAGCUCGUCAAUGAACCAAAAGAUGAAGGAUGCCCUUAAGGAAGAAAACGGGUCUGCAUCGGGAAUCACUGUGAUCUAUAAACCAAGCUGCCUCGUCACACGAGCAUUGGAAUCGACAGAUCGCAGAUUAGCUUGUCCUUUGCUUCCCCAUAGUAGAAUUGAGCUCGCUGGAAGUUUGGCGGUUGGUGCUAGACUUCCCGACACUCAGGUCUUAUUCCAGUGCGAUUCCAGACCGUGGUCUUUACAGAAGAUUCUUCGCAGCACUGGAGAGUGGUAUCUGAUGGUUUUUGGUGGUGACAUUUCAGAUGGCAUUCAGAUGAUUCGCGUCAAAAGACUCGCAUCGGAGCUAGCUCGACAUGGCUCUUUGGUUUACAGACCGAAUCGACAAGACUUUGACUGCGUCGGUAGAGUCUCAACAAACCUGAUUCAUUGUGCACCUCGGAGAAGCGUGAACUUGAUGGAAUUGCCAGAAAUAUUCAGACCAUUCGAUGAAGGUUUGGGGUAUGACUACUGGCGCGUGUUCGCUGAUGAGGAACUUUAUUCUGAAAGGCGAGGUGAGGCAUAUCGUCAAUACGGAAUCGGGCCUGAGGGAUGUAUUGUCCUAGUACGGCCCGAUCAACACGUCGCUUUGAUUGGGAGUCUAGACGAUUAUGCUAGGAUUGAGCUAUUUCUGGGUACUUUCAUGACUCCAGCAUGUUUAGUAUAG